GCAGACAUGUACGGUAGAAGCGUUGAUCUCGAUGACUCUUUGCGAAUUGUUGCGGUCCAUUGCGGCUUCUAAAACGGAUGAAAACAACAUUGACCCUGGCACUCUAGGAACAAAUAUUCAGGGUUUUAUCUACAUUAUUGGAGACAUUGGACAUCUUUGAAGAAAUCACUUGCUUUGCAGACAUAUUUUCUUUGAGAAAGAGGAUAAAAUGGACUCAGAAAGUGAUACAGAAGAAUUUUAUGACGCCCCAGAAGAAGUCUCUUCCAGUCCUGCCAGGAAAGCGGCAAGAGAGCGAGGAAACCGGCAGUCAACCACCAACCAGUAUGAAGACGAGUUGCGUCAUUUGGAGGAGGAGAAAAGAAAAGCGGAAGAGAAGAGAGAGAAAGAGGAUGCCAUUAUGCAACACAAGAUAAGGGAACUGGAGGAGAAGAAGAGAGAAGAACAAGAAAGAGAAGAGCAGAGGCUUAGAGAAGAGAUGGAAAGAUUACAGAAAGAGAGAGAGGCAGAAGUAAAGAGACGAUUGGAAGAGGAAGAGCGGCAAAGAGAAGAGCAGGAAGCUGAAGAUCGCCGCCAAGAAGCCAUUAGGAGGAGAAAGCGAUUGGAACAGAUGAGGCGCAACGAAGAUGGUGAAGAGAUUGCUGGCACCAUACCUGGUAACCAGGGACAGCCGGACCUUGGGAUGCCCUCGGAUGCAGAACCCACAGCGGAGGAAUCCAAUCAAGCGACAGACCAAUCCCAGGACCAGGAUCUCUCGCAGAGGCUGGAGCGAGAACCUGGUCUGGCUAACCGGAACGUGGAACCGGACGUCAUCGCGAGCACCAAAGAGCGCCCUAGUGAGCUCCCGCUGUCGGGAGCUGCGCCCUCCUCGCCCAGUGCGGACGAGCCAAGCCCCUCGAGUGCGGCUCCCGCCCAAGAUGAUAUGCCUCCACCUGUCGCUCCUCCUAGGAGAAAGAAGAAGCAGAAGAAGAUAGCGGAGAUUCCGAGGCAGGAGAGCUUCGAAAGCCAGACAAGCUCGGCCCUUUCCAUCUCAUUUAGAGAGCCGUCCGAGGAAGGAUCAUUGGCAGGGGGUGAUGAGCAACCCAUCGGUCUGCCCCCGGAGAGUCAAAGCCGGCCCCUCAGCGGUCUCCUGACGCCCACCACCACCAUCGAGAGCAUAACGAGGGAGCUUGAGCACUCUUUGGAUCUAGCCAGCGCGGUGCACGGGGGAGACUACAUCGUAUUCCAUAAGGACACCCAAAGCAUCAAGGGAGAAUCCAGGCAAGAUCUGAAAGUUCAGCGGGCCAUGCCGAAAGGGGUCAAACAGGGCGGGGCUCCUGUCAGCACCACAUCUCAGCCCCCCGAAAAACCAAGCAGGGGCGCAUCUCAGCCCCCUGAAAAACCAAGCAGGGGCAACACCCCCGAGACGGAGAAACUACUCAAGUAUUACAACCUGAUGCAGGGACAGUCCAUGACGGGGGAGGAACUGACGGAUGAGGAAAUUCUAUCGCAAGUGAUCGUUAAGAACCUGGACAACGGUGAGACAGUGCCUUUGCUUCUGGCUGAGGAGAGACUACCACAGUGCGUUAACCCUCUCUCCCUUCACAUCAUGCGAAUCACCUCAGAAUAUGUCAGUAAUUCAAGUCUAGACAAGGAGGCUGGCAGUGAUGGAGAGAAGGAGACUGGUGCCACUGAAGUUGCUCACCAGAUCAAGGAAAAGAAGAAAAAGCUUAAGAAGUUCCUUGGGAAGACGGUGCACAAGUUAAAGACAGCUGCAGAUGAAGCAUUCCGGCACGACGAUCAGGAAAUAAGCGAAGAAGAAUCAAUACCAGACACCCGCUACUGCAAGUUCAAGGCAGCGUCCAGUCACAAGGGUAGCUAUGACUUUGAUCAGCUUGUUAACUGUCAGGAUCUGAGUGGCGAACACACAGGAGCCAUCUGGACUAUGAGGUUCUCCCACUGUGGAAGACUACUGGCUACAGGAGGGCAGGACCACCUGCUGCGGGUGUGGGUGCUCAAGGACUACUACAAGUACUUUGACGACAUGCGGCAGCGCUACAACAACGAGUCGCGGGCCAAGUCGGCAACCCAGGGCAGCUCGGACAGCUCCAGCUCCAGCCUGGAGCGGGACCGCAAGCCCGAGGAGAUCGAGGAGGAGCGGGAGCAGCUCAAGAAGGAGGUGAUGGAGAUGGAGGGCUCCAUCGAGAAGGAGAAGGAGGAGGAGGCCAGGAGGGCGGCCGAGGAGGACGUGGAUGGAGCGCAGGAGGAGAACGGGGAGGCCGUCUUCGCCAAGGCGCCGUUCUUCACCUACUCGGGUCACACGGCGGAUCUCCUCGAUAUCUCGUGGUCGAAGAACUACUUCAUUCUAUCGUCGUCCAUGGACAAGAUGGUUCGUUUGUGGCAUGUCUCACGCAGUGAAUGUCUCUGUUGCUUCCAACACAUUGACUUUGUGACUGCUAUCGCCUUCCAUCCAAGGGAUGAUCGUUACUUUCUGAGCGGCUCGUUGGACGGCAAGCUCCGUCUCUGGAACAUUCCCGACAAGAAGGUCGCACUCUGGAACGAGGUCGACGGCCCAACCAAGCUCAUCACGGCAGCCAACUUCAUCCAGAACGGCAGGUUCUCGGUCGUGGGUACCUACGACGGUAGAUGCAUCUUCUAUGAUACAGAGCACUUGAAAUACUACACCCAGAUCCACGUGAGGUCAACGAGGGGUCGCAAUGCCAAGGGGCGUAAGAUCACAGCUAUUGAGCCCCUCCCAGGUCAAGACAAGAUUCUCGUCACUUCCAACGAUUCCCGGAUACGGCUGUAUGACCUGCGUGACCUCUCACUGUCAUGCAAGUACAAAGGUUGCGCCAACGUCAGCAGUCAAAUCAAGGCAUCUUUCAGUCACAAUCAUCGUUAUAUUAUCUGCGGAUCUGAGGACCAUGCCUUCUAUAUAUGGAAGACGCACUAUGACUUUGCCAAGUUUACAUCGGUCAGAAGAGACCGCAAUGACUUCUGGGAGUCCAUUAGAGUUCACGAUGCAGUGACGACAUCCGUAGUCUUCUCUCCAAACCCCAAGCUCGUCCUCGGACCCGCUCCCUCGGCCAUCCAGACCGCUUCGGGUCUUGACCCCCAGCAGCUGGUCAAGGGGUCAUCCUCCCCCUCCCCUACCUCCAAGAAGGACCGAUCGGACUCGGUCAAGGGGGAGCCAGGAGCGAAGGAGGGCAAGCAUUCAUCGCUGAAACGGCCGCCAGAUCUUGGCGAGGUGCUCGUCUCUGCAGACUUCAACGGAGCGAUCAAAGUCUUCAUCAAACAUCCAAAAUAAGCAUCUCCAUCUCGAUCAGAGAGAGAGAGAGAGCGCAUCACAUCUCUCUUUCUCUCUCUCUCUCUCUCUCUCUCUCGAACCUCCAUGCCAGUUGUUGCCGAUGGUUACAGGGUCAUGUCCUGUGCAGAUGCUAAAUUUUAAUGGAGCGAUCAAAUUCUUCAUAAAACAUCCAAAAUAAGAUCCAGAUAGCAUCUCCAUCUCGAUCGGAGAGAGAGAGAGAGUACAUCACAUCUCUCUUUCUCUCUGUGUGGAGAACCUUCAUGCCAGUUGUUGCCAUGGUUACAGGGUCGUGUCCUGUGCAGGUGCUACAUUUUGUAAGAGUGCAGAGAUGCCUGUAGUCCGGCUGUAGUCUAGUUUCAGGCCCUGACAACUUCCAAUUUCAGGCUUUUUCAGGCUUUAUAUUGUACAGCACAUAUGGGGAUUUAACGUGUUCUGGCUUAUUGUCAGGCUCGGUGAGUAAAGCCGACUGGCACCCCUGCAUUUAAGAGUGCAGAGAUGCCUGUACUCCAGCUACAGUCUGGUUACAGGUCCAGGGGGUGUUUGACAAAGAUCCUAAGUUGGACUUAUCUCUAAGUUGGACUGAACAAUUAUGGAGAGCCAUUUGUAGCCUUAAAA